AUGGAACGGAGAGGCAUCAGCAUCUGCUACGAGUGUAUCUCAGCACUACGACAACAACCCAAACGAGCACGAUUGGCAGCACUCGCUCCCCUCCAGCAAAAGACCAGACGACACAUCUCCGCCCAAGCACACAAUGAAGCCCUACGCACAUCCGGGCGAACGACGACCAGGAAGCAUUCCGUAAAAGUGCUCGAGUCGUUAUUGGUCGCGGCAAGAAGCGCCCACACCAUCUCUGCCCAAGAUCUCAAUGCCUUACACAACCGCAUAUUAGAGCUCACGAACACGGCCCUAAAGCCAGAAGAUGGCAAGCUCCCGUCUGAGCAAAGAGUACUAUACGUACUCGAGCAACUCCAAGCCCUAGUCACCUCCCUCAUCAACGGCCAAACCAUCGAGCCAGCAAGCAAAACAGAAGCAAAUCAGGAGACCAGCGCAACCUCAGCAUUGCUAGGCUCGGUCAAUACCCGCGCCUACCCAGCCUUCAUAAGCAAAGCCUCCCUCCUCAACCUCGCGAGCGAAAGGGCCGAAGAGCUCCUCCGCCAUCCCAAUAUCUUCAUCACCCCGGGCGUGCUGAAGGCAUAUGUCCAACUACAAACAACCCUCCACCAACCGGCUAGUCUGGCCGAUGCAUUCCACCUCUAUGCCCACAAACCUAUACCCAUAGCGUCCGGCUCGAAGAUAGCGUUCAAGGAGUCUUCACCAAACGCCCUAAACUCAGCCGUGGACCCUAAAACCGGCAAUCUCGCCCUCGACGCCGCACUAGCCACCAACGAUCUACCUCUAGCCAUAGACAUAAUAACAACCACCUUCUCCACCCCAGCCUUCAAACGCUCCAAACUGCUCCGGCAAUGCCUCCUGCCCCUCUCCGGCCUCCUGGUCCUUCCCCUCGGCGCCUGGACAGCAAGUUCCCAAUUCGCACUCCUCCAAAACAGCAUGGACCCCGCUUACGCCACUGGUGUAGCCUUCGCCGGCACACUAGCAUAUCUAGGCCAUGUAGGCACGAUCGGGUACGUGGCUAUUACGACAGCGAAUGAUCAGAUGGAGAGGGUGACGUGGGCGCAGGGGGUUCCGUUGUGGGAGAGAUUUCUGCGGGAGGAGGAACGCGCGGCGUGUGAUCGCGUUGCUGGGAGAUGGGGGUUUGAGGAUAGGGGACGGAGGGGGGAGGAGGAAGGGGGGGAGUGGGAGGUUUUGAGGGAGUUUGUGGGGGUUAGGGGGAUGGUGCUUGAUCGGGCCGAAUUGAUGGAGGGGAUGGAGUGA